CUGGGUUGAGCCAGCCGCUGCCUUGGCUACGGGGCUCCUCAGGUGGCGGCGUCUGUAGUGGGGCUACGGAGGCCGGGUUGCCGGGAAAGUAUUUAAGAAGCUCAUGGAGUAAUAUGAGUCAGAGUAAUAUAGGAUCUGCAGGAAGUCCCUCAAGAUAGUUGGAAAAGAAGAAUUUAUAGACUCUUCAUCAAGAUCUUCAUUUAUACAGCUGUUAAAUCCAAGGCUACAGUAGUGGUGAAACCAUGAAUAAAAAUACAUCUGCCGUAGUAUCAUCCGGUCUACUUGAAAAGGACCCUGCCUUUCAGAUGAUUACAGUUACCAAGGAGACAGGCCUUGGUCUGAAGAUCCUAGGAGGAAUUAACCGGAAUGAAGGUCCCUUGGUAUAUAUUCAGGAAAUCAUGCCUGGAGGAGACUGUUAUAAGGAUGGACGUUUGAAACCAGGAGAUCAACUUGUCUCAAUAAACAAGGAGUCUAUGAUUGGUGUAUCAUUUGAAGAAGCAAAAAGCAUAAUUACCAGAGCCAAGUUGAGGUCAGAAUCUGCUUGGGAGAUAGCAUUCAUAAGACAGAAAUCUCACAGCAGUCAUUUAGAAAAUCCAUCGUGUUCAUCCCUUUUACAAGCUACAGGAGAAUAUGGACCUCAAGCCUCAAAAUUUAGUCUUCUUUCUUCUUCCCCUGAAAUACUAAUUCCAAAGACCUCAUCGACUCCCAAAUCUACAGAUGCCAUUUUAUCUUCUUUUAAGAUAAAUCAGAUUAAAACUGGAUACAAGAAAACAGAACAGAUUCCAAUUACUUCUUCAGACAACAGCCCUACAGAUAUGCCUAAUACAGAUAUUGCCCCUGCCUUGACUGAUAAUUAUGGACCACAAGGAAAGAAGAUUUCCCUAAAUCCCUCUGUUCGCCUUAAAGUAGAGAAACUGGAAAUGGCUCUAAAUUAUCUUGGUAUUCAGCCCACAAAGGAACAACACCAAGCCCUGAGACAGCAAGUGCAAGUAGACCCAAAGGGGACAGUGUCUUUUGGAGAUUUUGUUCAGGUUGCCAGAAACUUGUUUUCCUUGCAUUUGGGUGAAGCAAAUGUUGGUGCACAUGAAAUUUCCAACAUAUUAGAUUCACAGCUUCUUCCCUGUGAUUCCUUAGAAGCAGAUGAAAUGGAAAGGCUUAAGCAUGAAAGAAAUGAUGCCUUGGAAGAAGUGAAUACACUUAAGGAAGCCAAAGCUGUGGUCGAAGAAACAAGAGCCCUGCGAAGUCGGCUUCACCUUGCCGAAGCUGCACAGAGACAGGCACACGGAAUGGAAAUGGAUUAUGAAGAAGUGAUCCGUCUGUUAGAGGCCGAGAUUACAGAGCUGAAGGCUCAGCUUGCUGAUUAUUCUGACCAAAAUAAAGAAAGUGUUCAGGAGUUAAGAAAGCGAAUCACAGUACUUGACUGCCAAUUGCGAAAAUCAGAAAUGGCUCGAAAAACUUUUGAGGCAUCCACUGAAAAGCUUCUUCAUUUUGUAGAGGCUAUUCAAGAAGUGUUUUGUGAUAAUUCUCUUCCUUUGUCAAAUUUAAGUGAAAGAAGAGCUAUGUUAGCUUCCCAGACGUCCCUCACACCACUGGGAAGGAGUGGACGUAACAUCCCAGCAACACUGGCACUUGAAUCUAAGGAACUUGUUAAAUCUGUCCGAGCCAUACUUGAUAUGGAUUGUCUACCUUACGGGUGGGAGGAAGCUUACACAGCAGAUGGAAUCAAGUACUUCAUCAAUCACGUAACACAGACUACAUCCUGGAUGCAUCCCGUGAUGAGCGCACUGACCCUGUCCUGCUCAGAGGAGAACGAAGAGGAUUGCUCCAGAGAACUUCCUGACCAGAAGAAUUGAUGGUUUUCUGUGGGAAGCUGCGGUCCAUGGUCUUCUGGCAUCUCGAUCGACGUGGAGGACUCUGACACGCGACAUCUAAAAUAGGAGUAAACCACACACUAUUUAGUGAAGUGAAAUGGAGAUUGGAUUUAAGCUAUUUUUGUAAAACUUUUUGGUAUAACUGUAUACAUUUACAAAAUUAAUUGCCACUACAGUAGUUCUUUAGGAAUAAUCUAGUCCUGUUUUUGAAAUCAUAUGUAAUUAGAUUUUAUAAUAUAUAUAAUUUUUCAUAUGUAAUUUUAUAGUUAGUUCUUUAUAGAAUAUCAGACACAGGGGUUUUUAUAAUUAAGACAUAUUGAAAACUAUGUGAACAUAGUGAAACACUUCAUUUAUUUGGUAAUUCACUAACCUCUUAUAUGCGUACCUUAGGAAAGUGAUUUAAGCAAGUUUUCCACAGGCCACUGGAUAUAUAGCUUACAUCUUUAUGAUGCUUUCUAAUUUACAAAAUGCUUUUCAGACCCUGUUUUAUGUAAACCAUACAACACGCCUGUGAGGCAACUCCACUGGGUAUUUUUCAGUUAGGAAAAGAGCAGUUCAGAGAAAUGAAGCACCUUGUCCUGGAGCUGAGGCUCAAACCCUCACCUUCCGAUUCCGUGUCCAGGCCCCUUUGCCCCACACCCUGCUGUCCCUGCAGAGGCAGGUCGCAGCCCGACACACAGGGUCGCAUGUCUCUGUUGAUGCAGCUGAGCUCCACAGCUGUGUACCCCUGGGGCCACAGAGACUCAGGGGGCACUUGUUCAUUCAAACAUGGCCCCCACCCAACCUCAUGGUUCUCCUAUAAACCCUUCCCCCAAACACUCACCAAGCAGGGGCAUGGCUUUGUGACGUUGAUUCAAUGGGCUUCUUUCAGCAGCUCACAUUUUUCUAAAGUAAAGGGACCGACUCCCUCGUGGGAUUUGCCCUGCUGGGUUGUCCUUGCCAGAGGGAGUGUUGAGGGGAGCUGAUGAAUAGAGGGGCAUCCGGAAUCUAUGUAUCAAAAGAGACAUCCUUGAACUCCUCUGCUGUGCAUUCCAGACUGGCCUCAUUAUUGCUGAUAUCAGCCUCCAGACCGAUUAUGCUUCCGAUCUUAUUUCAUCUUAUUGUAAGGAUGCUACUAGACAGUUUUUGGAAGGAAUGAGCCAUUGACUUGGAGUGCUAAAGAUUUUCUCUCCGUUUAAUGAUUGAAACCUGGGGCUGGGAAGUUGGGGU